AUGCCGAUGUCCCUAAUAGGUAGAGUUCGAGAGCAGCUCUAUGUCGAGGAGAACCAGCGACUAGACAAAAAUAAAAGAAAGCUACAGAGAACUCUACAAGAGGUUCAAUCAUCUCAACGAUUGAUACAGCCUCCUUCUAAUGAUACUAUGCCCAUCGGGCCCGGCUGUAUUAAACCAAUCAUGAUCGACGGCCUGCUAGAUGUCGCUCAGCAAUCGCGGGUGAGCAACGAGGCUUUCAGGGAGAACAUCAACAAAGCACGCGAUGUGACCCUCGAAAAUUGUCCCGACCUUAUGCAGAUUUAUGAGGAUCAAGACCCAGGUUUCUUCGUUAAGCACGGCGUGGAAGUAGGUGCUGUCAAGCGGUUCGUUCGCGACAUCGGCCUUUGGGUGAAACGACGCAAAGAAGUCACUUGCAACGAAAAUAUUCAUUUAGCUUAG